AUGGCCCCUGAGGCCCCUGAUCCCCAGAGCCUGAAGACCUGGAAAGAUGCCUUCCAGUAUCCGAUUCCCACGGUCCGCCGUGUGGAGCAGGAACUGCGCCGGGACAUUGCCAGCAAUAAGGAGAAGCUCCGCGCUCUCGUGGGCACGAGAUACCGAGAGCUAGUCGGCACAGCGGAGACGAUUAUAUCUAUGAACUCGGAGAUUCAGGAUGUGGAAUUGAUCUUGACGGACGUUGGCCGGCGAUGUAACCCUCGCCUAGUGGAAAAGAAGCACUUGCAUGCGCGGCAGAUCAGAAGCGAUGCUGCGGAGAAAGACGUCGAGAAACAUACUUUCGGUGCACAGCUCGCUCUGCUUCACCGAUGCACUACCUCCAUUGCGCGGCUGCUGAGACGACGCGCUUCGUUGCUACUAAUCGCAAAGAUCCUGGUAGUGUCCAGGCAACUGCACAAUACCCUUUCAAAGCACGAACCUCUGCCGCCAUUCCUCGAUGACCUGCGCAACCAGCUAGCGUCCCUCCGACAAACUCUCUUGAAAAGAGUCAACAAGCGCUUAGCUUCUGCGAAUGCCACGGAUGACCAGAUCGUCGAAGCUCUGGCCGCCUACUGUCUCGCAAACAGCUAUUCAUCCGACGACGCCAUUCAUCAUUUCCACGAGGUGCGCUUGGAGGUUAUCAUCAGCCAUUUAGAAUCAUCACGCGAGAAUAUUCCCAAGAUUUUGAGGCUGUUCAUUCAGACGUUGCAGACUUCAAAGGCUCUGCGGUCACGCCAGUUCUCAGAUGUGCUCUCCAAGGUCAAGACACGACCUAUUCUCUCUGACGCCGAGAUCCGCAGCCUGGAUGGUCUGGAAAUCGAGGUUCUGGGUCGCUGGGUGGCCCCAAAUAUUGAAAAUUUCACGCCAUGGAUUAAACUGAGUGAUUUGUCUCGGACAGAAGGCUUGGAGAUGAUUAGAGAAUGGUCUCUGCAGGCAUUUGAGAAAUUUUGCACAGGCUGCCAAAAGUGUCUCGCUGAUAGUGACGACUUCUCUGAAUUACUGUCACUGCGCUAUGAUACUAUCGAACUAUGGCUCUCCUCCUGGGGUUCAACGCUCACACACCCAUCUAUUGAUGUUCUCGAACGCCUCCGCGCCAUCUUCAACGACCAACUCACGCGAGUCCUGACAGCACAGGCCCACAAACUUGAUGAAUUCGGGUCCCAAGUUGUGUCGAUCAUCUCUGACUGGAAACACACUGACAAUAACGACCUGGGAUCACUAUGGGACAUGGAUCUCAUCGGUGCAGAUUACGUCAACGGCGCUACUCCCUUUAAACAAACCGUCAUAGACCGACUGCUCGGCCGUGAUGACACGGUCUCCCAAGCAUUAAAACAGUACCAAUCCUGGCUUGAAUCUAUCCAAGAAGUCAACUCAUCCAUCGACUCAUUACGUCGUAUCAGAUGGCCCGAUCUUCUCGUGGGAGCCGAAGAAGAAGACGACGAUAUUGAAGUCACUCCGGGUCUGAACGAGGCCGAUCCGCGGCUGUUGACCGACGCACUUCAUGAGGCUAUCCGCACGGCAUUCGAUGCUUUGCAAACUUCAUUUAGCGAAGCUUUCAAGGCACUCGGCUCGUCGCACGCAAGUGAAAAGGCCACUUUCCUCCUCCGCAUGACGCGUUUCGUCCGCAGAGAUAUUCCUGCAGACUUCGUGGCAGAAGACUUUAUCUUCUCGAGUGACACCGUUCCUGAUCUGCAGAAGUUGCUUGCAACAGAAACCCUUGCCCAGGCUGGCUCUUUGACCCUCAUACCGGCUUUGAGGACUAAUCCACAGACUGGCUUGCUGAGGAACGUCCCUGGUCGGUCACUCUGGGAAGGCGAGCCGGUUACCCCUGUUCAGCCUUCGCCUUUGACUUUCAAAUUCCUUCGCCGUCUCACGGCGACGAUGGAUGAGAGCGGUCCAGACCUUUGGGAUCCGUCUACCCUCCACAUCUUGAAGAGCACACUCCAAAACCAACUGGAGGAAGCAAUCACAUCUGCACUGAAGGAUUUAGAUACUUCAAGUACAUCUGAAGCCAAGCCCGAGCCGAACGGAAACCGACCAGCCCAAGAAGACUCACAGGAAGCAAAGUCUGAGAAUGAGGAUGAAUCCCCGAAAUCGGAGGCGCACACUGCCGAUGCUCCAAGUCAAGCUGAGGUCCUGCAUGACUGGAAAUUGCAGCUGUUUUUCGAUUCUGUCUAUCUGGCAGAGAUGCUGGGCGGUUCUGACAAGCUGUCUGGCGCUAUUGAGAAGGCUCAGAAGGGAGCAGGACUGAGCGCCCCUGUUGUGAAGAACACCAGGCAGCUUGCCCAGGACUAUUGGAAACGAACGGAGCUGUUGUUUGGUCUUCUUGCACAACGUUGA